GAAGAGCUUUCCUUGGGACAGAAUGUGGCGCGAGGCGACUAGCUCAGGUCUGUUCAGUCGAAUUUAAAAGUUUCUUUCUCGGCAUCACGGAUUUCUUUUUUCCUUUCUUCUCCCCCGUACGACAAACAGAACCGCUUCUGGAUUAACCCGUUUUUCAAGAAAUUACGUCGUUUCUUUCUUCGGGAAAAGCCUUCUGUCGGGAUGACUGACUGAUAGAUUCAUUCGCUGGCCGGCUACCAGGUGGACGCGCGCAGCUGGAUGCUGUUACACAUUCCGCCGAGCCUUGAAACAUUCCAAUUCUUGCAGUCGGGCGCAAACUUUUGCCGGGAAGCGAGACUGUCUCCCAGUGGCCGAGCACAGCCGGGGUGAUCUCCAUGCUCCUCUUCCAGGUGACUGCUGAAGCGCGGCUGACGUCGGCGCGUCGGUGGUGCUGGUAGCGGGCCACUGGUGGUGGUGGAGGAGGAGGAGGGCGGGGGCGGGGCACACGAAGAUGAACAAAGUGAGCUUCCACAACAACAAAGCCAUGCAGGACCGCCGCUGCGUCUGUGUCUUUCUGCCCAAUGACGACACGCUCAACAUCAUCGUCAACGUGAGGACUCUGUGCCAGGAGUUGUUGGUCCAGGUGUGUGACCUCCUUAGGCUGAAAGACUGUCACCUCUUUGGACUCAGUGUUAUUCAAAAUAAUGAGCACAUUUACAUGGAACUGGAUCAGAAACUGUCCAAGUACUGCCCCAAAGAAUGGAAGAGGGAAGCCAGCAAGGGAAUCGACCAGUUUGGCCCUCCGAUGAUCGUCCACUUCAGAGCUCAGUAUUACGUGGAGAACGGCCGCUUGAUCAGUGACCGCGCCGCCAGAUACUACUACUACUGGCACCUGAGGAAACAGGUGCUGCUCUCGCAGUGCAUCCAGCGGGAGGAGGCCUACUUCCUGCUGGCUGCCUUCGCCCUGCAGGCCGACCUGGGCAACUUCAAACGGAACAAGCACUUUGGCAAAUACUUUGAACCCGAAGCCUACUUCCCCCCUUGGGUGAUAGCCAAGCGCGGCCGCGACUACAUCCUGAGACAUAUCCCCAACAUGCACAAGGACCAGUUUGCCCUCACUGCCUCCGAGGCGCACCUCAAGUACAUCAAGGAGUGCGCACAGCUUGAUGACGUCACCGUCCAUUAUUACCGACUCUACAAGGACAAGAAGGAAGUGGAGGCUUCGCUCACUUUGGGCCUGACUUUACGUGGGAUUCAAAUAUUCCAGAACGUCGGCUCCGUGAGGCAGCUUUUGUACGACUUCCCGUGGACCAACGUGGGGAAGCUCGUCUUCGUGGGGAAGAAAUUUGAGAUCCUCCCCGACGGGCUGCCCUCGGCCCGGAAGCUCAUCUACUACACCGGGUGCCCGGUGCGUUCCCGCCACCUUCUGCAGCUGCUCAGCAACAGCCACCGACUCUACAUGAACCUGCAGCCCGUCCUCAAACAGGUCCGCCGGUUGGAGGAACACGAAGAGAAGAAACAGUAUCGCGAGUCCUACAUAAGCGACGCUCUGGACCUGGACAUGGACAACCUGGACAAGCGCUCACGAGCCAGCGGCAGCAGCGGCGGCAGCGUCUCCCGCCACAAGCGUCUGUCCCGCCACUCCACCGCCAGCCACGGCAGCUCGCACACGUCGGGCAUCGAGGCGGAUAGCUUCCGCGCUUCCCACCCGGCCCCCCACGGGCCCCUAAGGACAUGCGGCUCGUCCACCACCAGCCACGGCAGCUCGCACACGUCUGGUGUGGAGAGCGGCGGCAAGGAGCGCAUCCUGGAUGACGACGAGAUUGAGAUGCUGGUGGACGACCCCAAAGACUACGAGGAGCUGAGCGAAAUGUCUCUGGACCAGGAGCUGUGCAUCCACAUCACUGAGGACAUGUUGACCAUGCCCUCCGAUCACAACAACGGAUUCUCCGGUCUCAUCGUCAAAGAUGUCAGCUCGUCCACGUCCAGCUCCUCCGAGACGGUCGUCAAGAUGAGAGGACAAAGCAUCGAGUCCCUCCCGCAGACGUCGACGUGCAGGAAGCCUCCGUCGUCCAGCGACCGCCACAGCCAGUCGCUGGACGACGUCCGCUUGUACCAGAAGGACUGCCUUCAGUGGGCCGAGCUGUGCCAGGACACGGCGCACAGCUACACCUUUGGAUGCGCCCAGGAGCUGAGCGAUGGCGGCGGAAACGGCGGGGCCUACCAGGGCCUGGCAGACCAGUGCGCCGGAAUCAAGAGAACCAGCAAGUACUUCUCUCUGGACCUCACCAGUGACGACGUGCCCGAGUUUGUGGUGUGAGGAGCUCCUUUUAUUGUUUAUAAUCAACACGGUGGAAUGCAAAAGGGAUCGCAGAAUACUUAAUUGUCGCGCUAACAACCAAAGACCUGCGGAGAUGGACGCUUUGGACGCCUCUUGACAGGAAGUGGCAGCUUGCCAAACGCACCGCGCCGCCCGACGUGCCUUCAUCCAAGACGCCCAAAACAAUCGCCGCCGCCAUUUGCGGCUCUCUCUCCACUAUUUUAAACUUACCUGGCGCCGUUUCGAGCUUGCUCUAACGCCAAAGGAAGCUUGUUGGUGCCCUUUCGAUCUUGCGCAGUGUCAUUUUAAACGUACUCUCUCACUCUGCUGUUUCGAGCUGAUUCACUUCCCGUUUUAAGCAGCGCCGUUUUAAGAUCACUCUGUUGCAUUUUAAGUUUACGCCGCACUGUUUUAAGUGGACUGAGUGCCAAUUUAAGUUUACUGGGCACCGUUUUAAGUGGGGCCCGACCAAUGAAUCGGCCGGCCGAUUUAAUCAGACGAUAUUAGUUCUUUUUAAAAAAAUGGCCAAAAUAGAACAAAUAAAUAAAAUAAUAAAAGGCAACAUGUUGUAAAGCAGUCACAUGCGGUGCCUGUAAUUCGUAUCGUUAUUGUUGAAAGUUUUUAAGGGACCAAAAAAAUAUUUUAUUCAUUAUACUUUUUCUCAUUAAUCGGCCAGUUAAUCAGAAUUUUAUUCUACCAAAUAUCAAAAUCGGUAUCAGCCUUAAAAAAAAAAAAAAAAAAUAAAAAUUGGUUGUGCCCUAUUUUUAAAAUUACUUGGCAACAUUUUAAGGCACCGUUUUGAGAUGAUUCGGCACUGUUUCACGUCUACUCUGCACCAUUUAAACCUCUGUGCUCUGUGCCAAUCUAAGCUCCUUUGCCCUUUGGAGAUUGUGCGGUGCUAGUUGAAUCUACUCUGCCCCCCUUUUCACCUUCCUCUGCACUUGGCACCAGCUUAAGUUCACUCUGUAUAGUUUCAAGAUCACUCUGCAAAGUUUGAAGUUAUUACGCUGAACCGUUGAAAAUGUGCUCUGCGCCGUUUUGAAGCUCACUCGGCAUGAUUGCGCUUCCUCUUUUAAUCUCGGACGUUUUGAGCGUACCCGGUGUAGAUUUAAGCUUGUGCCGUGCCAACUGCAGCUGGCUCACUGUAAAUUGGAGUUUGAUACUUCACCACAUCAGUUGACCUUAAAGGUGUUGCCUUUCAUUCAGUAUUACAAGAAAACAUACAGAAACGUGACAGUAUUUCGUACGUCAGAGCUUCUAUUUUUGGGCAAUCUCAGCUUGAAAGGAGACAUAUACUGUACCCCCCACAUAAUAUCCUACAGUUUCCAGGUGUCUAACAUGUCUCUGAUGUGCUUUAGUCAAAAUGCCCUGAGGAUCAACAAUUACUUUAAAAAAUAUAUAUUACAAAUUAUUUUAUAAAGAUGAAACAAAAAAGCAAAGGAACAUUUAACCGCACCCGUCUUUGUACCAUAGCUAUACAAAAACGUGCAGACGGGACGAAAAAGUAGUCGGUCAACACGCAGCUUGCUCAGCUUUAAUUGUGCUUUUUUUUUCUACACUGCAGUACCUGAACAUGUUUUUGUUUUGUUUUGUUUGUUUCACGAUCUACAGGUAUAUUUCUAACAGGUUGUUUAUUUCUACAUGUUAAAGGUUGACAAAUGUCCUAUUUUACAGACAGACACUUCUUACAUCAUGAUUGAGGUACACAGCCAUAAAAAAAAACCCCAAAAAACAAAAACCCAUUGCUUUUGUAAGAGUCCCUUUUAUGUCUCUUAAGUUGUCCUUUCUGUGAAAGGAUCUAUCUCCCUUCAGGAAAAAAAAAUAUAUAUCUAAUUUUUUUUUGGGUCAAGUUGUAGCUAAAACAAAGUAGUUUUUUUUAUUGUUACUAUGAAGUCUGGUCUGUGUGCCUUUUUGGUACUAACGCCUUCAAUAUCCUAUUAAAAAGGUACAUUUAUUUGCCAAA